CACAUACCCAAAAUAGUAAGGAUGCGCGGGUUGUUGAUAUCUCAACAAAACAGCGGUGUGAUUUUGAAAGUCAAGCCAGUAAAUAACCCCAAAGGCGAAAUUAUUUCAGUAUUUUCGUCGAAAUCUGGUCCAGUUGAUAAUAGCUUAUCUGUGAAACCAAGUCAGAUUUCUGCCUAUAAUUUUGCUGCUGGAGGUUACAAACUGUAUCUCGCUUUGAAUUCUGGUUCUUUAUAUUGCCUAGACUUUGUGAAAAAUUGGUAUCGAUUGUUAACUUCACUGAAUUGCACUGUUACAAGCAUAUGUUCAUGUGAAUCAUUUGGAUAUGUACUAGUUUGCGUGAACGACAACAGUAUCAUAAUCUUAGAUCAAGAAUCUGGAAAAGAAAUUGGUGCUUUGCGUGGUCAUACAUGUAGAAUAUCUAACAUAUCAAUCCAACCGAGUUUUGGUCAGUAUCUCUUAUCUGUGGCCUUGAAUGAAGCAAUUUUAUGGGAUCUAGAAAACUUCAAGUGUCGUUGCAAAUUGCACAUAGGUCAAAAAGUAAAUAUUGUGUCUGUAAAUUUCAUUCCACCUCGGGGUAAACAAAUUAUAUCUUGUUUCCAAGAUGGAUCCAUUUAUGUAUGGAGCACAGAUUCACUUGAUUGUUUGUAUAGACUUUUUAACAGAGACUACCCAAAUCCAUCGUACAGGACAAUUACAUUUACCAGCAAAGGUCAUUAUUUGUUUGCAGCUGGUCGUUCACCUUUUAUAUAUUUGUGGAACUUAAAAGGAAAUUCAGAACAACUAUGUCGAGAAAAUUCACCUACAGAUGAUGGAAGUACAAGUGAUCGAUUUUUGCAGGAGCUGAUUAAACUUCCUGAACCAUUAAAAUCAGUUCGUCGAAUAGAAUGGAUACCUAAAUCUCGUUUGGUUGAUUCUGAUAGAUUUUUUAAUGAGUCUAAUAUAAACAAUGAGCUAUCUGGUUUACUACUUUUACUUGGCAGUGACAAACGAUUACGAUUUCUCAUCAGAACACAUGAAAGACCUAGAAAGACCUUAAGCUGUUGGCAAAAUGUUGAGAAGGAUCGAAUUACAGGGUAUUCAGAUACUGUCUUUUGGAAAUGCCUAUUUACGUUUGGAUUGGGUUCAUUAGAAGAUCCUCUGGUAACAUCAAUUAAUAUGCCAUCCUGUAACAUUUUGGAUCUUUCCAGCUGCCAGGGAAAGCAGCAGAGUGAAUCUUUUAACUGUCCUUCGCUGAUGGCUACUCUUGAUGAUCAUGGUAUUCUACAUGUAUAUGAUCUUUCCAUGACAUUGAAGGUUUUCAGUAAAUCAUCAAUACCGCUGAUUUCAGUGAGAGGGGAUUCUUCGAAGGAAAAUUCAACAGAUAGACGAGUUCAAGCCGUGAAAAAGAAUUGGCAAAAAGGAAAUUCAGUCGUACGAAAGACUGCAAAUGCUACUAAAGAAAUACGUACAGCGAAUCAUUCUAGUAUGCAAAUGAAAGACCUUACAAAUGGUUUAUUGGAUAAACAACGCUUGCGUCUAUUACUUAAAGAAUUCGGGAAAUUCCCGAGCAAAUAUCGAUUAUUUAUUUGGCGAUCCGUUUUACAGCUUCCCUGUAAUGUUCAAUCUUUCAACGCACUUGUAAACAAAGCGAUUCAUCCAGCUCAUGAUUUAUUAUCAUUGCGAUAUCCUAUUCGUGGUCAGAGAUUGUUCAAAGCUUUACAAAAAGUGUGUUCAGCAUUGGCCUACUGGUGUCCGUUAUUUGGUGAGACUGAUUGGUUACCAUUAUUUGUUUUUCCUUUUGUGAAAUUGUAUCACAACAAUUUGUUGUAUGCAUUUGAAGUGGUAGCCACAAUACUGAUUAAUUGGUGUGGUACCUGGUUUGAGUUCUUUCCUAAUCCACCGAUCAAUAUUCUUUGUAUGAUUGAAAAUUUGAUUGCCUAUGCCGAUGAAGAGUUGUACCUCCAUUUUGUCCACUACAACGUCACCACUGAAAUCUAUGCUUGGCCACUUUUACAAACUGCAUUAAGCGAAGUGUUUACCCAAGAUGAGUGGUUAUGUCUUUGGGACAUUUUGAUAUGUCACUCUCCAGGAUUGUUGCUUGCGGUGGUUGCUGCCUUUUCGAUUAGCGCUCGAGGACCACUUUUAAUGGUUAAAAAUCAUGACACGUUUGAGGCAUACUACCACAGUCAAAGCACACUGUUAGUGUCAGAUAUUGUUGAACGAGCUCAUCAGCUGCUUGCAUCACUGCCUUCAGAAAUACAUCCAGACAAGCUUUUAUCUUCACUCAUUCAACCGGAUAACAAUGAUAAAAACGCAAAUAAAGUUUGUCUGACUUUCCAACCGCUAACAACUCCUCAUUAUCCGAUAAUCACUCGUUAUCCCAAGUUCAUUGUAAAUUAUCACAUACAAGAACGGGAACGUAUUCGACAAGAGGAGAAAGAAUACCUUAGACAAAAGGCUACAGUGGAGGAUAUACAACGGCGAGCUGAGUUAAUGGCAAAUGAAGAACGUAACUGGUAUCGUCAGCAACAAUUACUUCUUGAUGCUGAAGAUCACCGGAGAACAUUACUAGCACAGGAAGAGAAUAAACUUCGUGAACAGCGUAAAAAGCAAACUGUCGUGUCGACGAAAUGGAUGCAGCAGCAUACGCUGCAGAAUUAGCCGAUCUACGCGAAAGAUUGAACCAAAGACGUGCAGAAAAUCUAGCCAUCAUGAAUGAUCAAUUGCAAUCCCAGGUGGAUAAGAAUUCGUUAUCAAACCCUGGUCACCUUUUAUUGGAAUCCUCACUAAAUGCCGGUGAUUCCGUUCCAUGUAAUAGUGAUUACGGUAAAAGUGCACUUGGUAAGACAGCACCAAAAGGAAGUAACGAUGCUAAUAAUAAGGAACUCCGACGGAUUUCCUCAGAGAUGUUCCCGUUCACAUCAACUAAACUUGGUUCCCACUUCAUGAAGCAAUCGGUGUGAAUAUUGAUUCAUUCAUAGAAUUAUAGAAACACGACGUUAAUUCGAAUAUUAUACUUGUCAUAUCAUAAAUACUGCUACAGUGUUUAAGUUUUUUUUCUAAAGGAAAAACCAAUUUAUACAUUUAUUGUCUAUAUGGUGGCUAAAUAAGUGUUUUGGAAUUCCCAUUUAUUUUCCUUCAUACAUUUCAUAUCAAUCUGAAAGCUGACAUCUCCUCUGCUUUAUUGUAUUGUCUCAGUUAUUUUUAACUACAUUAGCUCACUGUGACUGAUAUAAAAAUAAACAUAUCACUCCUACAAUUCAGUAUGUUUCGCUUGCUUUCUACAAGAAUUGUUGACACAGACGAGAUGAGAUAGUUUUGUCUUCGUUUUCCGAAAACCUGCUUCUUUAACUUGAUAACUACAUUCACUAAUGUAAAGGUGUCGAUAAUAUAUUGUAAAAAUAUGUUGCUCAUGUCAUGUUAUAUUUAUUGGUCGUUCAGUAAUGGACUUAUU